AUGGUUUACGUGAAGACAUCAGACAUUCCUAAGAAAGCCCCUUGCGAUCCCUUAGAGGGAUUCCCAAAAGAACAACAAACAACAAGUGAAUACAAUUAUCAAUUACAUCCUUUUUUAUGGGACGAAAUUAGGUCUUUGGGUCAUGGGAUCAUUUCUUUUCUAAAUGUGGGAAAAAGGAAAAAAAUGAACAUGAAUGGCGUGCAAAGUAAAGCGACAGUUUUGAAUUGCUUCACAACAACAUCUUUGUGUAUUGAGAAAAUUAAUCCUGAUUGA